AUGGAGGAAGUUGAUCGGCAGAUAAAGGAAAAACGCAUCACCCACCAAGACGCACAAUCAGAGGCCGUGUUCAAUAAAAUUAGAGAUGAUCUUUGGUAUAAGACGUUCUCCAGCCAAGAAAAGUCUUACGAAUCGCUCUACAGGUUCCCAUCUGAGACCAUAGUGGGGCAUAUCCAUACUAUUGGGAGUCAUGCUAAUGGGGUAUGGGAACUUGAAAAGACAUCAAAAGAAAACAAAGAGCUUCCUGCGCACAAGAAGCAGCUAAUUGAGGGUUGCUUGAUUUUCCACCAGUAUCUAGUCUCACGUGGGCUCGAGCCAAGACUCAUCAUUCCAGAUAACUACAGUAAGUUGUUCUCGGUAGUGGCGAAUGACUCAAAAGACGCGCGCGACGCAGUAAAGGAGUUCCAGCAGGCUUUGACAGCUCCUCUUUCCAAUCAAAUGGAGAUAUGGGACAAUGCAAGCACCGACCUUCGUCAACUUGGACAGCUCAUUCUGCAUGAUGGUAGCCAAGAAAAUGUGGAUGAAAUCAAGGACCGUCUGACGGAAUGUAACGAUGCCAUUCAAUGCGUGAACAAAGAGUAUGGCCUUAAGCUUUCAGAUCAUACGAUUCCUCUGGAAUAUCUCGUCAUACUGUCUGAAGAACGAAGCCAAAACCAAAUAUCCGAGGAAGUGGUAGUAUCUGCUUUUAAGGAACUCAUGGCUACGUUUGAAAAUGUCAUGGGAAAGGCAUACGCCGCCAAAGUAUUUCCUAAUAUGACACCCGAAUACACAGAGAGGACAUGGGCGACCAUCGAAAACUUGAAAAAAGACAUGGGAGUGGAAGAAACAGAGGAUAUGUCAGACAGGGGCGAAGAACAAGAAGACCCGCCUGCAACUGAUGAGGCUCCGCCUCCGCCUGCAACUGAUGAGGCUCCGCCUCCGCCAGCAACUGAUGAUGCUCCGUCUGCAACUGCAACUGCUGAUCCGCUUUUUGAACCGUCUGGCAACCUAGAUUUUCUAGACUUCGACUUAAACCCCCCUGACUACGGGCCCGCACCUACCUAUGAAAAUGGAAUCACUGAACAUGGCAAAGUUGUAGCUAUCCGGAUGUCUAGUGCCAGCGCCCGAAAUAGUCGCUUCAUUAUUAACCGUGGGACAGCCAAAACUCCUAUAUACAAAGUGUGCAAAGGCAACGUUUUCUGGCCCGGUGGAGCUGAAAAGCUAGAAGAGGAUGAAACAUACCACGUCCGAUUUGACAGCAUAGCAAGGAAGAGAAAAGUACGUGGGGAGGUCAAUACGGCAGUUGUUACAGGAUGUGUGGAAAUGCCUAUAAUGAACCCCGCCCCACCUGGAAAAAGAGCUAGGAGGCCAGAUCUGUAUUUCAGGGUGGUAUACCACUCGGACUUGGACAGAAACCCAAAUGCUAAGUCUUUGCCCUUAGUUGAAUGGCUCACGAGGACUGAGUUAAUUCAACUUGUCGGCAAAAAAAAAGCAGAAGAGGAGGAGCAAAAGUAUCUGCCCCAUCACCGAAAGCAAGUAGCUGUUUUCCAGCAGUACUUCCUCGCUGGCUAUCACCCAGACACCAGAAAGCCGCUUACAGCUCAGGAUCGACAGGAAUAUCCGUGGCUGUUUAAUGGCGUAAAUUAUGCUUUUAACAUCAAUCUCGACGAUAUCUCAUAA